UAUACAUUAAAUUUUCAACAGUUACCUUUAAAGCACCUAUAAUUUCAAAAGCUAAUAUUUCUAACUUUUCAUAAAAGCUACCUUCAUCACUAUAAGCUACCCUAACCACUACUUUGCUAAACACUUACAUUUUUGUUAAGUAGUGGUUUAAACAAGUCAAACCAUUAAAACCAUUAAAAGCUACUUAAACACGAGCACCGAACGCACCCUUAGAUUGUCCCAUAGUUACCACAUUAAAAACAAAAUUUACUCAUACUUAUCAAAUGACAAAACUGUAAAUAAAUCAACAAAUAUGAUUCAUAGAUUGUUAAAAAAAAAAAAAAAAAAAAAACUUCAUAAGUAAUUUGAGUACAUAACAUUUCUCACUCCAAUUCACAUUCGAUUCUAUAAUAUUCUCUCUACUAUUCCAUAAACUCAUCAUCUUUCAACUCCAAUUCUCAUUCGAUUUUUGCGCCAAUUUUCUCACACCUAGGGUUUAUCCCCAAAUUCCCCUCCCCAAAUCAUGGAAACCAGAGACGAAGUAGGGGAAAUCGAGAGCUUGGAGAAGGGAUUAAUAUCUUCAGAAGCUACCGAAAAUGGCGAUUUUACAGCAGAAGAAGACGAUUCAACGGUGAUUUACACGGCGUCGUUUGAUGAAAUGGAAGAGAAUUUCGUCAAGUAUCAAACAGCUCAAUGGGUGUUGUAUUCUUUGGUGUUGAUAUUAGCUUGGGGAAUUGGGUUAUUGAUGUUGUUGUAUGUUCCUGUUCGAAGAUUUAUUUUGCGCAAAGAUAUUCGGUCUCGAAAACUUUAUGUCACCCCUGAUGCUAUUGUUUAUAAAGUCACAAGGCCAGUGGCUUUCCCUUGUUUUGGUGUUUUACAAAAGGAAAAAUAUGUGUUGCUGCCCUCGGUAGCAGAUAUUGUAAUUGAGCAAGGGUAUUUGCAGUCCUUUUUUGGUGUUCACUCUGUUCGAAUUGAAAAUGCUGGUGUGAGAAGACCGCCUAGCGAUGAUCUUCAGAUUCAAGGUAUAACAAAUCCAAGUGCCUUCCGAAAGGCUGUUCUUACUCACCUCUCAAUUGUGAGAACUGAGGCUUCCUCUGCACAAGUACCUGUAAUUGAAGGUCCUCAAACUUUUAUAGGUGGCCAUCCACAAGUUGUUGGGAUGUCUCCUUCACAAUCUAAACAUGAUGCUAUUCCUCCUAAUGAGCUGGGACUUCUACAAAAACUAGAGGAGGUUGGGACGUCUAUCAAGGUAAGAUAUGCGAGGUCACUUUAUGUUUCUGAGUUAUACUUGUUGGCAUGGUUUUAGUUGGGUUUUUCUGUUUGUUGUUUGGUCAGAGAGUUCAUAAUUUAAUCGAGCAGCAUUAUUCUCAAGCAGAAACUUCAGAUUGAGGUAAGACGACUUAAAUCGGAAACUAGAUCUGAGUACUACUAUGUUCUUGAACUGAAGUAAGUGUUUUCGUUUUCAGAGAUCCUUGGCAUUACUUGUCUUCUAUAUUAAAUUGCAUGUUAUCAUUACUAGAAAUUGACUACCUACUUGCUGAAGGAUGGCUUCUGAUUUCCUCUUCAUAACUUGGGAGCAACUUGCGUACAGAAUAGGGUGUAAAUACAACCUUUGUCUCGAUUCUAAAUUGUCCUUUUAAACCUUUUUUUUUUUUUUUUUUUUUUUUUUUUUUUUUUUUUGGGGGGGGGGGGGGGAAGGGGAGUGUGAAGGGUAAAGGUGAAGAAAGGCAACAGUGUGAUCAUCCUGCUGAUUAUUUUAUCUGUUUAUUCUGACUUAUUCUCUAGAAUAUUCUAAAAUGAUAUGUACAUUCUUCUUGCAAGAAAUCCUCCAAGGUUCCUCUUUUGCUAACUAUUGGUAAUACAGAUUCCUCAAAAAAACUAUUGGUAGUACAGAAAGUUGCCGGUGAAUAUAUUUAGUUUUAAUUCUAGUGCUUAUUUUUUCAAGUUAUAGGGAGUUUGAAGAUUAUAUGCUUUUGUAAGAGCGUUUCUGAAUAUAUAUAGUUUUGAUUCUAGUGCUUAAUAUAACCAGUUAUAGGAAGUUUGAAAAUUACCUAUGCUUUUGUAAGGGCAUUUCUGUAAACUAGGAAAAAAUACUUUAAAGAGAACCUGUGAUGCUCAGACUCACCAGGUAUCCUUAUGGCUUAAGAUGCCAUAACAGGACCCAUCUAUGGACGUUGUAUAUGGUUCUGAAUCGGGGGAUAGAACUCAUUGUUCGUCCCCUAUUGAAGAAUGAAAUUAUACUUCUUUCUUUGAAAUAACAAACAGCCUCAUCAGUCAUCCAUCUCUUUGCCACAGGCACCAGUACUGGCUCAGUGCCCCUACCUUUUCAAAUUUAAUUAGAGUUUACAUUGAAAGUCCUAGUUUAGUAGGUAAGAACAAAUGGAAGUUAUCUUGUAUUUUUUGCUGACAAAUGAAAAGGACCUUGAGAGAUGAGAAGCAGAUUGAAGAUGUAACACAAAAGAAAUAGAAUAGGGGCUAUGUUGUGUGUGUUGUAUUUGCCAAAGAAGUCAAGUGAGGAGAGGUUAAAUAAUCAAAGUAUUACAGAGUAGUUCACCAUUAGGUUUUCAACUCUUGUUGCUAUUAUGUAUUUGCUAAUUCAUUCUGUCCCAAUCCGUGGUCUAUCUUUACCUGCUCCAGUCUGGUCCUUGAUUCCCAGAAACUGUUUUAUUUAUUUUUAUUUACUUUUAUUUUAUUUUAUUUUUUUAAUAAACCCUGAAACUGGAUUUAAUUGUUAGCUGUGUCUCUGGUAUUGGUAGAAUUGCUUCCAAGAAAAUUAGCCACUUUCAAACAAUCAGUACAGCUCUGCUCUUUAGGCUGAGUUGGUACUGAUCUUCCUUUGAAAGCUAAAUGUUUAAUUGUCAGAAUUCUAUCUCUGAAGCCACCUGAAUACCUGUGAUAUAAGUUAUAUGUGAAAGGCCUGAUGCUCAAAGUCAUCUGCAAUACCUGAGUAUGCUGAAGCCUCUAGGAAGCAUCGUUGGUGCUAGUCACGAAAAGUAGCCAUCAGUAGAACAUUAUUACAUUGUGUUGGCAACAUUCAUCAUAUGAUUAUUCCAGAUCAUUGACGGAGCAAAUUAAUUGUCAAGGCUGGUAAGUUACCAAGCAAGGUAACAGGCCAUUGCUCAUAUGAAGUACAGAGUAUGUUAUAUAAUAUGCAUCAGAAUUGCGUUGGAUGCUUGUAUAACAUCACCUUUGUUUUGAAUAACAAGUACUACUAUGGCAACGUGGCUUACAUACUUCUAAAGUUCUAAUGUGUAAUGUUUACAAGUUUAUUUCUUUGUUUGGACAUAGUUUGAAAGGAGUUGCAUUUGAA